UGAAGACCCAAAUUGCAGUGGGGUUUUGAGGAUUGGCAGGUUUAUUUUUCAUCACAGGUCCCUGACGGUAGAAACCGGAGUGGCUGGACAGGGCCUUGGAAGAAUUUGGACAGCGGGAGUAAGGACGAGGCCAACCCUCAACGCCUGCAGCAUCUGCUGCGAGCGCGUACCGCGCACCCCGGGGUAACACCGCAGGUCCAGGCUGCGCCGCAGCAGCGCCCGCACAGCUAUUUUUAGCCGCCGCAGCCAGCCCGGCCACGUGACAGGGUGGGCGGCACCCAAGAGCGCUCCGCCCACGGAGGCCCCGCCCACGCCGCGCCGGGAGCCGCCAGGCCGGGAGCACCCGCCACUGGUCCCAGAGUCCGCGCCCGGCGCCGGCGGCAAUGAAGAUCUGGAGCUCGGAGCACGUGUUCGGCCACCCGUGGGACACCGUCAUCCAGGCGGCCAUGCGCAAGUACCCGAACCCGAUGAACCCCAGCGUGCUGGGCGUGGACGUGCUGCAGCGCCGCGUGGACUGCCGCGGCCGCCUGCACAGCCUGCGCCUGCUCAGCACCGAGUGGGGGCUGCCCGGCCUCGUGAGAGCGAUUUUGGGAACCAGUAGGACUUUGACAUACAUCCAAGAACAUUCUGUGGUGGAUCCAGUGGAAAAGAAAAUGGAACUUUGUUCCACCAAUAUCACACUCACAAAUUUGGUGUCAGUUAAUGAGAGGUUGGUGUACAUACCUCAUCCAGAGAACCCAGAAAUGACCAUGCUCACACAAGAAGCCAUCAUCACUGUGAAGGGGAUUAGCCUCGGUAGUUAUUUGGAAAGUUUAAUGGCCAACACAAUAUCAUCCAAUGCAAAGAAGGGGUGGGCCGCCAUCGAGUGGAUAAUUGAACACUCUGAAAGUGCUGUGAGCUAAGGAGGCCUGCGCCUGCGCUUGUCAUAAAUGGCGAUGCUUCCUGGAAGAAAGGAAAGAAGAAGGCGAGGAGGCCAGGAGACGAUGAGCAAGUACGGGGCCGAGAGCGUGUCUGGCUGCGAGGGCCCGCAGGGCCGGGGAGGAGAACUGGGCUGGAUUCCGGAAUGGACUCCCCUCUCUUCUUGAGCGUGCAGCAGAGAGCAGUGCAGCCAGCCCUGCCGCCUGAGUGGAUGGAGGGCACGAGGCCCUCGCCUGUGUCCCUUAGGGGUGACACCUACCGCCCUGCCUGUCGCGGUGGCCCAGGCCCUUCUCUCCCUGCAGGUGGCCCAUGCCGCCCCUGGCCGCCCACACUGUCCUCCACUCAGGUCCCUCCGCAGACGGUGGCGGGUGCGCGGCCUUCUGGCAUCUUCCGGUUCCCGCCCCACGUCCCGUCCUCCUGCAGAUCAGCAGGCAGCUCUCCUGGGCCUGCGGCUGCUCCAGGCCUCCCAUCUGCUCCUGGCCUCCGGUGGGCGCUAACUGUGGGGCUGCGGCCUGGGACCGUGGCUUUCCUCUCGGCCCCCAAAUGGCUUUCCUUGAGUUGCUCAGCCUCUCCACACGAGGCUCCUCAUGCGGGCAGAGGGCUGGGGUCCAGGGAUCCCCGCGCCCUUUCUGCAGGAUGUGCCCGGCCCCUCCAGCCUGCCCCUGCCCUGCCCUGGGGACAAGUAUCUGAGGUUUGCGUCCCUGUUUUUCUCCCUGUAGUUUUGUGAGUGUUUCAGGGACAACGGCCAAAGGUCUUUUUUCCACCAUCUUUAAAUCCAAGUUGUUUAAAACAACAUUAAUUUAAAAAAUAAAAAAUAAAAGCAAUCCAUGCUUACGGUUUAAAAAGAGUUCAGGAGUCUGGAGUCCGUUGAAGGGUAAAGGCCUCCCCUGCUGCCAGUCGGCUCCUCUUUCACGAAGCUUUCCAGAAGUUUUGUGUGCUUAUGAAAGUGUUCGUGUGGCCUUUCUCUUCCCUUCCUUUAUUAAACAGAGAUAGGCUCAUGCCGGAUAAA